AACGCCUUAUCGUCAGCCCCGUAACUCUCCUCCACUCGCGUAACGCGUAACCGAACGUUACUACCAUCCCUGACAAGAAAGUCGGUCACCGACCAGUGACCGGAAGGAGAGGACUUCUCUUCCCUUCCGGUGGCUCACAAAUUGGUGCAGCGGAAGUGGGGUUUGAAUCAGAAAACCCCUAGAAUUAUCACAUAUUGGUUUGCAGGAGUGGGGUCCGACUUUAUCGGAAAAUUGGUAAGGCGAAGGAGGAUAUAGUCGAGAAAGUAGUUGAUUUGAAUCGUAGUAGGGAUUAGUUAGACCUAGUUUUUAAGUUUAGAUAGAGUUAGGUAUAGAAAAUAGACCAAAUGGAGGAAGCAGCUCGUGAUGCGGCUAGGGCAGGCAACCCAAACCCAAAUCCUAACCCAACGCCGAAUCCCAUUACGUUGGGAGGAUUGAGUGGAAUUAUUCCUUUAUUACCUGUAUUCUCGGGCGAAGCUGGAGGCCCCAGGGUGACAGACUUCUUUGAUUCAUUAACAGAUGUCACCAAGGUAGCGGCAUGGUCGAAAGCGCAAAUGUUGGCCGUUGCCAAGCUUAAGCUUACCGGGAUAGCCAGGGAAUUUGUUAGGAAAGACCGUCGAAUCAAGGAAGUGGAAGAAUUCGAUGAAUUUAAGCGACUGAUGAUAGAGCGUUUUGACCGCGAACCCUUUACAUUUCGCCUGAAUAGAUUUUAUACGUGCGUGCAGAAACGGGAUGAAGACGUACAAACGUAUGCCGCUCGCCUACAGGCGUUGGCCAUGGAGAUAGAAAUCACGCCGGAGCCUGGCGCAACUGCCACAGAAACAGCCAUCAUUCACCGAGUCCAAAGCAAGGAGCUAGAUGAGAGAUUAAAGGCACAAUUCCUAAAUGGGAUCGAUAUACGCAUAAGGCAGCGAACAAUGUCCCGAGAGCCUGCCACCUUCGACGACGCAUUAAAAGCCGCCAUUAGGGAGGAAAGAAUAGAGAACCUUACCGCACAUCCUCGAGGGAUCAUGCGAACAAUUCGAGAAGGCGACAGAGCGACCGAUUCCUCCCCCUCUUUAAACGAGCUACAGCAAUUAACUGAAGAGAUGAAGGAACUUAAAGCUCGCAUGGAGAGUUUAGUCCGAUCUUCCGCUCAAAACGGCUUUAGAAAUCCUAUCUCAAGGAGAAACCAGUGCGGAAGCUAUACUAGUACCAACUAUGAUAACAACCCCUAUAAUAAUUCGAAUUUACGGAGAAGCGAAUAUCACUCGAACUCCCCUAAUCACAGAUACGCUCAGCCGAGUGACCGACCUAGCGAACGCUCUACGAGUCCACGAAACGACUUUCAGAAUCGAGGUAGAUGGGAAGGCAAUAUACGUAGUAUCAAAGAACAACGACCUCAAUAUUACCUAAAAAGAAACCCUAUCGAGGAGAACGAGACGAGGUGGAAAGGCAGAAUAGGACUAACGAGAACUGUGUUAAACCCUAACCCUAUUAUAUUAGUCUACAUUAAUAAUAUCCCCGUGAAAAUGCAAGUUGACCCUAGAGUGGAACGUACGCUCAUAUCAAAGGACCUAGCAAACCGAUUGAAGGGGAAAGCUGCUCUCAAAUUUGGACUUAGACAAAAAUUAGAACCCAUCUUAGGUAAGCCAACUACUGCAAUAGGAACAGUAAUGCCUACGUUUAAAUUACGGGGAAAGAAACUUUGCAUGCCAUGUGGUAUAGUACGAGCCGAAGUCACUACCCCGUGUGACGGGAUCUUAGGCCGCGACUUCAUAGAGGCGGCGCGACUAACAUUAGACUUUGAGAAUGCCCAGGUGGUGUUGCCCCAUGGAAAGCUGAUCCAUUUUUGUACGCCUCGGCGACCGCGAAAAAGAAAGAGGAGACGGGAAGACCCUGAUAAACGUGAGAAUUUUCGGGAGUAUUCGGACGUCUUCGCUGAACGAAGCGAAAGAAAAACCGGAGAAAACCGUCCGAGAAUUAAAAACGAAAGGAAACCCGCAAUCCAUCGAACCCGUAGAAAAAGUAAGCGACAGAGAAUACAGCGGGAAAACACGGGCAUGACCAUCGAAUCACCUACCGAAACCUCAGAAGAAGACUCAUUAAUGACCGCCUCACAACCAAGUACGUUUUCCGAGGAGGACUUCAAUUUAGCCUCCAUACUCUCCCUUCAUUACCGGAAAGCAAAAUUGAGAGCGAGGACACUGAGCCCGAAUCGGAACCGGAAGGAAAACAUGAAAUUACUGCUCCAUAUAUAUUCCGAAGUCAAAGAGCAGUUCCAGAACAACAUUGGGUUACGCCUAGAACUACCUGUAGUCAUAUUCCACGACUUAUUUCUCCCACCUCUAGUCGGUCAUCCUCACCUUAGGUCUGCAAAUGAGUUGUAA